CUUUGUCUCAAAAAAAAAGAAGUUCUCCUCGCCUAAAAAUCUCCCUCCUUUCUCCCGCUCUAACCCUAAUCCGACAAUGGCCUUCGACAUCGACUCUCUUCCUCCCCUCCUCGGCCCCGACCCCGACUCCGACUCCGACUCCGACCACCUCCCCCCGGCCCCGCGCCGUGGCCGCCCUCUUCGGCCUCCACCGGCGCCGCGGGUGGAACCCUCGCCUCCGGCGCCUGCCAGGUGCGAGGCUACCCCCGCCCCGGAGGGCACCGGCGGAGCGGCCCAGCAGAGUUGGCCAGGGUUACCAAGGGGUGUGGAAUUUAACCCCAGCGACAGUGAUCUUCUAUGGCAUCUGGCUGCAGAAAUGGGGAAUGGCCUGGCUCAUCGUCAUCCAUUCAUCAGUGAAUUUAUUAAAUCUGGUGAUGAAGGUGCAAGAUUUGGCUGUACCCAUCCUCUAGAUAUGCCAGGUAUGAGGCAAGAUGGACAUGCAUUGUACUUCUUUCACAAAAAAAUAAACUUAGACAACAAUGAGAAUGACAAAGAUAUCAGCUGGCAAAAAAAUGGCCCCUCUAGAUCUAUUAUCUUGGAUGGGGGUCUACGAGGUUGCAAGGAAACAUUUGCCCUAUACACCUUCAAGAACAGCCCUCGGAGAACUGAUUGGGAACUACAUCAAUAUUAUAUCAAAAACACAAUGGAGAAUGAGGGCGAACUAGUGCUUUCAAAGGUAUUCUACAAGUCACAGAAAAGUCAUUGUGAAUGCGCUGCAAAAGCUUCUGUUCAAUCUGCACAGGAUAAUUCUGUGACUGAUGAUGAUUCCAGAGAAGAAAAAGAGGACGCACAAUUGGAAAAACUUUCUGUUAAUAUGGCUACUAAAAGCAAUGGAAACAAUCAGGAACAGAUGCUGGUUGAGAUGUAUCCUGAUCAGGACAAACCAUGUUCCCUCAAACAUGUUUUGGAUACUGCAGAUGUUAAUCAUGAAAACCAAAUUAAUGAUCAGGCUGAAACUGAGCUGGAUCACAUGUCUCUUCAAGACCGCUACCGAAUCCUUCUAGCAGACAUGCGUUCUUGCUCUGCUAGGGUAUCUGCUGAAAAGUGUGCUUUGAAUGAUAUGGGAAAUUCAUCCAUGCAAAUGGAUGCUGAAACAAGUGGGCCAGUUCCCAAAAGUGAGAGUGAGGAAAUGUAUGGAUCUUUUUUAGCUGUCUAUGACUUUAUCCCUGUUACGUUGAUUAAUGUUCUGUUUUGCAAUGUUGAUUACAGAAAUCACGAAGGAACAGCCUACAGGGAAUGUUCUGUGAAUGGCAAGGAAAUUCCAGUUGAAGAUACUGAAGGUCCAGUAAAUGACAAGGCUUUUAAUUCUAGUGCUGAGCUCUUAUUAAGUCAAACACCGGCUUGUGGAGAUGAAAACGUUCAGCUGGCACCGAGAAAUUCUGGGACCUAUUUGGUUUAUGUAAAAACGGAGCCUGCAUUGGACGGUUAUGCGAUUUAUCCUUCUGAAUCUCCUGUGAAAUUUCAGCACUCAAACAACGAUGGCCUCAAGGUCUCUGGUUCUAUUCUGGAAUGUGUGCCAAAAGAUGCUGAAGACUCACUACCAUCUUUAGGAGUAAAAAGUGAACUAAGUGGGUAUGAGUUGCCUGGCUUAUGUGAGAACAGCUUUAUCAGUAGUAUGGAGCCUAUUGUGAAAAAACCUCACACCAGAACUCUGAACUGCAAUGGGGGCCUUGCACCUUGUUCUCGACAAAGGAAGAAGAGGGAUUCAAGUGAAAAGGUGCUUGAAGAAGAUGGUUACAAAAAUGAUGAGGGUAUUCCUUACCCUUCUAGGCAAAAGAGGAAGAAGAAAACUGCGACGGAUUCGAUUGAAACAGCUCUUGAAGAAGAUGCUCCAGGACUUCUACAGAUUCUUCUGGACAAAGGAAUAGUGGUCAAAGAGAUUAAACUUUAUGACGUUGUAGAAGACGAUGAAAUGCUUCCAGAUUGCACAGAAAGUGACUUUCAAGACCUUGAAAAUGUGAUUACAAAAUUGUUUCCACAAAGAACAUCCUUGUUGAAGUCCGUAGCCAAGCAUGGGAAGGGGGGGAAGGCUAUUUACUGCUUAGCUUGCUUAAUUUCUCUCAUUGAGCAGGUAUGAAUCCAUCUCCCUGGAUAAUCUGUGCAUUUUCCAGUU